AUGCCUGUUAAAAAGGUCGAGAAACGCUCUCACUGGUUGAAAAAGAUUUUCAAAGGGCGUAAAUCCAGCUCACCAGCGCUCGCAGCCACACCGAGUUCAGAGCAAUCUUCCGUUCACGAACUGCGCUUUAGCAAUACCCAGGAACCAACAGCAAAAGAUUCACGCCUGCCGAAAGCCGAUUUGACCCUCAAAAAUGCGAGAGAAUCUGCCCAAUGCGAUGGCGCACCAAAACGAAUAUCUCAGCCAAGUCCGACCACCGAAACCCCGCCCCAACAGUCACCAUUGACAGUACAGCCUAUUGAGCAACAAACACCUGUUCAGUCCAUGUCCCAGAGACUUUGGGGAACCGCUUAUGAGGCCCUUGAAAGCGAUGACGAUACUGCAAAGCUUGUCAGACGAUAUUCGGAGACGUUACAAAGAGUGCUUGGAGACAACGGUCCCGCGAUUGCUACGUUCGACAGUGGUUCGACCGAACGGAAAGGACAGAAAGAUCGACAGAUAGUAAUGAAAGAACUAGUGGAGAGAGGUCGGCAAAAGGUCUCCAAAGCAUCGGAAUUACCCACAGCAGUGGGCAAUGUUGCUCAAUUCAUUCUUUCUGCCAAAACCAUGAUCGACGUGGCGGUCCAAAGUGUACCCCAGGCCGCCUUGCCAUGGGCAGGUAUACUUUCCAACCCCAUGAAUGCCCUGAAGUCGAAUCUUGCUGGCAUUGUUCAUGUCAUCUCCAGGAUGGACUGGUACUGCGCUCUGACCGAAGAUUUCUUGAGCGAUGACAGCAUUGAAGUUGGAGGGGAAUCCCUCCAAGCAGUCAAACAAUACCUGGAGGAUAGAGUCAUCACGCUCUACAAGGCUCUUCUCUUGUACCAGAUGAAAAGCGUCUGCGCCUACUAUAGACAUCAGGGCCUCGUUUUCCUCCGCAACCUUGUGUUUUUGGAUGAUUGGGAUGCCGACCUCAAGGCCGUUACAGAUGCCGAAACAACCCUGCAGGGGGACUUGGAUCAAUACGGAAAGCAGCAUACAAAGUAUUCUCUGACGGAGCUCAUCAAGAGCUCCCAGGGGAUGGAGGGACUUCUCCAGGGCAUUGCUCACGAAAUUCGAGAGCUGAUUGCUCAAAAUAAAGCAAUGCAGACGGAUGAAAAGGACGAGCGAUGUCUCCAAGAUCUCUUUAUCGUGGACCCACAAGAUGACAUGGAGAAAAUCGAGCAAAGCAAGGACAAAUUACUAGGCGAGGCGUACAGAUGGAUUCUCAGCACAGAUGAAUUUGCCGGUUUGACAAAUUGGAGCAACAGCGGGUCUUUGCCACCCUGUCGUGUGCUGUGGAUCCAAGGCCACGCGGGAACGGGGAAGACGAUGCUCUUGAUCGGAGUUGUACGUGAACUGUCAAGCUACUCCGCCAAGUUGGCACCCCACGUUGCGCAGUUCUUCUUUCAAGGAACGGAUCAAACACUUAAUACCGCGACAGCGGCUCUGAGGUCUCUAGUCUGGUUGCUUCUGGUUCAGCAGCCACACUUGAUAUCACAUUUGAGAUCCAAGCACAAGCAUGCAGGUUCUUCACUUUUUGAAGGCGAUGGGGCAUUUAUCUCUCUGUCAAAUGCGUUCAAGGGCAUGUUGACAGACCCCACUUUAUCGCCGGUGUAUCUCGUUCUCGACGCUUUGGAUGAGUGUGAACAGGGAUUGAAUCAAAUGGUUCAACUUAUCUCUGAGUCCCUUGCUCUCACAGACAAAGUAAAAUGGCUUGUUUCCAGUCGUCCAACGAUCCGGUUAAGAAUCCCGGAACUGGCAGGUUUGCUGGUAGAGUUGGACGCUCAAAGGCUGCAAGAUCCUGUCAACGAAUACAUAGGAUAUAGGAUUUCUACUCUGAAAGGCAGAGAGGGCUAUGACGAUUUGGUUCUGGCAGAAAUUGAGCGCGAAGUACGUCGGAAGGCUGAAAACACCUUUCUUUGGGUGGCCCUCAUGUUCAAAGAACUCGACGCUGGAUAUGAAAGCCUGAAUCCUGCGCAUGGCGCAUACGCCCUUGAGAUCGUUCAAAGCAUUCCUUCUGGUCUGUCGAAAGUUUAUGACCACAUCAUGAACAGGAUUGAAAAAGGCGUAUUGAGGGAUCCAAUAUACUGCAAGGCUGUCCUGGUGGCUGUAGAUCUUGCGUUCCGCCCUUUGAGCUUAUCUGAGCUAGCCAUACUUGCCGAUAUCCCACCCAGCAUAGAUCCCCGGUCGAUUGUUCAAAAAUGUGGUUCGUUCUUGACAAUCAAGGAAAACACGGUCUAUCUGGUCCAUCAGUCGGCCAAGGAUUAUUUGGAUUCGAGUUAUAGAUCAAGGCUUGACUCCGCUGGUCCUGCAAAAGGGCAUACGGAAAUCAGUAGGCGCUCGAUCAGGAGCCUCUACUCAAUACUGAAGCAAAACGCAUGGAACCUCAGUUCUGGCCUCAAGCCAAAAGACACGAGUCCGCCUGAUCCGGACCCUUUAGCCCCAAUAAGAUACUCUUGCGUUCUCUGGGUUGACCAUCUUUCUUUCCCGAACGAGGAGAGCCCCGACCAAAAAGGGGAACUCAUCGAAGAGGCGUUGACAUUUGAAUUCCUGAGUACCCGGAUCCUCCGCUGGCUUGAGGCUCUGUCCCUAUUGGGACAGCUUUCCGGUGGGGUUCGAUCAAUACGAAUGCUUCUAGAUUUGGCACAGUUCCGGAUGGGCCAGAACUCUCAGCUUGCCAGAUUACUGAAGGAUGCCGAGAGGUUUGUUCUCAGUCACGGAUCGAUCAUAGAAAGGGCUCCACUGCAGGUAUAUGCCUCAGCCCUUAUAUUCAGCCCAACCCUCAGUGACAUCAGAAGAGACCUGUGGGAAGAAAGACUGCCCUUCAUUCAAGCAGUUUCCGGCAUCAAGGGACCAUGGGGUGCGGACCGCCAAACGCUCGAGGGUCAUAGCGACUGGAUUUUAGCAGUCGCUUUUUCUCCGGAUGGUAAGAUGCUAGCUUCGGCUUCAUAUGACACCACCAUCCGAUUGUGGAAUGCAGCAACAGCUGCAACUCAACAGACGCUUGUAGGUCACAGACGAUCUGUUAGAGCCGUUACUUUCUCGCCGGAUAGCACUAUGCUGGCAUCGGCAUCUUCCGACAAUACUAUCCGACUUUGGAAUAACACCACAGGAGCCCUUUAUCGAGUGAUUCCCGGGCAUACUGAUUCAAUUAACUCUGUGGUUUUCUCCCCAGAUGGUAAAAUGCUCGCGUCAGCUUCAUCCGAUCAUACCGUUCGGCUCUGGGAUGCAGUAACCGGCUUGCCUCAAAGUGUAAUUCAAGGCCACCAUCGUUGGAUAUCCGCAGUUGCUAUCUCGCCUGAUGGUAAUAUGCUUGCAUCGGCUUCAUUCGAUUGCACCAUUCGGCUAUGGGACGCAAAAACGGGCGUGAUGUGCCGUAUACUCGAUCGCCAUUACAAACCAGUGAUGGGAAUUUGUUUUUCGCCAGAUGGAAAGAAGAUUGCGUCGGCCUCUGAGGAUACCACUGUUUUAGUCUGGGAUACAGCAACUGGUGAGCUACAACACGAUUUUGAUGGCCAUACGGGUUCAGUGAGAGCAGUCGCUUUUUCACCAGAUGGAAAAAAGAUAGCUUCGGCUUCCUACGAUAAGACCAUCCGGCUUUGGGAUGUGCAGACUGCUGCUACAUACCAAGAGCUCGAAGAGCAUAGAGGAUCUGUGAGUGCAAUUGCCUUCUCGCCAGAUGGCAAAACAUUAUCCUCGGCUUCACAUGAUGGCACUGUCCGGCUCUGGGAGAUGGCGGCAGACUCCCUAGAGUUCGAUACAGAUGGUUACUUCACAUCACAAGCACCAUAUUCGGCACUUCAGGAAAAGCAUAGAUUGAUAAAAGAAGUGACAUUCUCAAUGGAUGGCAGUACGUUAGCGUCGGCUUCAUUGGAUCAUACCAUCCGGCUCUGGGAUCCGAAGACUGGGGUGCUCCAACAGACAUUAGACCAUCCCGAUCUACUGGCGAGGAUACUCGUUUUCUCCCCAGAUGGAAAGAUACUGGCAUCUGUUUUGUCUAGUCGCGCCAUUCUAUUAUGGAGCAUUCCGAAUCGUGCUCCACAAAAUGAGUUUUGGCCUUGUGGAACUGGAGAUAUCAAGGCAGUUACUUUCUCGCCGGAUGGCAAGAUGAUAGCAUCUGUAACGUCGACAGAUAUAGAGAUAUGGAAUGUGGAGACUCUCGCCCGACAGCAGCUAAUCGAGACUCAAUUGAAUCUAGUCAGGGGGGCCGCGUUCUCAGCAGACAACAAGACGCUAGCGUCAGCUUCGUCUGACCGCACCGUCCAGCUCUGGGAUGUCGCAACGGGUACACUCAAAAGAACCCUCGUGGGUCAUCGUGGUCCAGUCCGGGCAAUUGCCUUUUCACAGGAUAGCAAGACCUUAGUUUCGGCCUCAUUGAAUGAUCCUGCCAGAAUCUGGGAUACAGCAACUGGUGCGCUGAAAAUGACGAUUCAAAGCCAAAGCCAACUGAUCAACGAAGUUGCCUUCUCUGGAGAUGGCAAAUAUCUGAAGACAAAUUGCGGAAUCUUUAGACUCUGUGCACGGCCAGCUGCCCCUGACAAUUGUCCCAAAGAGAAGAAUCCCGAUGAAAGCCUGCUGAUCGGAAACGAAUGGAUUCGUCUUGCUGGAGAUAAUCAUCUCUGGCUUCCCAUAGAUUACCGAGCUACUUGCGUAGCUCUACAUGGCAAAACUGCUGUUCUAGGCCAUCGGUCUGGGCGGCUCACGUUUUUGCAACUUGGGGAUUCUCUAGGGAGUACUCAUAUUCGAUAG